AUGGCACCACCAACCCAGGCAGAGGGCAACGUCGACGUCGAUGUGCUCAUCGUAGGCGCCGGUCCUGUCGGGCUGAAUCUCGCGUACCAACUCCGCCGGUUCUCUUCGCCACCAAUUUCAUCCUCGCAGCCGAUCUCGGUCCACAUCAUCGAAGCCCAUCCAAAGCCCGUGCAGGAAAGUUUCGGGCGAGCAGUGACCUUCUGGCCUCGGUCUAUGGAGAUCCUCUCCCAGAUGGGCCUCGCCGACCAGAUCACCCAACAAUGUGUUGCCGUGCGCUCGUCUGCCGCCUACAACGCGAAGGGCGAAGAGGUGUUUGGUCGGGGAUGGAGUUUCGUCGAGGGCAUCGAAGACACGAGGUUCAAAUUCGCGAGUGUGCUGAGACAGAAAUUCGUCGAGGAUAUCUUUCGAGCCGAGCUGGCCAAGCUGGGCGUGGCGGUGAGCGAGAUGUGCAAGUUUGUGGAUCUGACCGUUGACGAGAGCGUGGAAGUCGGUGGAAGAGGCAGGGUGAAGGCGAAGGUCCUGGACAGCAGUGCCGGCGUGGGCCAGGAGAGGGAGUAUACGGUCAAAUGUCGGUACCUGAUCGGCUGUGAUGGGUCGAGGACGUUGGUUCGAGGGGCCGCUGGGAUUGAGUCGGACGGGGACCGCACAGAGGACAAGUGGGUCAGGAUCGAUGGGGUGUUGAAGAGCACCACGAUGCCGAAACCGAGAGCCUAUGGCGCCAUUGAGAGUCCCCUGUAUGGGAAUGUGCUCUGGAUUCCCCUCGAUCACGGCGCGACCCGGAUUGGAUUUGCCUUGAACGAGGAGCGGAGGAGAUUGUACGAGAAGCUGGACCAGGAAGUGUUUAUCCAGGAAGCGAAGCUCUCGGUGAAGCCAUUCGACAUCGAAUACGAGCGGGUGGAUUGGGCGAGCGUGUACAGUGUCGGCCAGCGUGUCGCGAAAAAGUUCUGGGCGAAACAGUCGGUGUUCCUGGCCGGCGAUGCAGCGCAUAGUCACAGCUCAGGCGCGGGACAGGGCAUGAAUGCCGGGAUGCAUGAUGCUGUGAAUCUGGGUUGGAAGCUCGCGCUUGUGUUGACAGGAGUGCUGAACAAGGAAGUCCUCGAGACUUACGAUCUGGAGAGGCAACCCAACGCCAAGAAGCUCAUCAAAUACGACGAAGACAUCAGCGUCCUUGUCUCGGGCAGGCUGCCGAAGGAUUGGCGUGGUGACCGAACAGAAGAUCCGAAUGUCGUCCUGGGGAAGAUACUCCAGGAAGCGAAAGGUUUCAACACUGGCUUGACCAUUGGGUUCGAGCCCAACGUCGCGGUCAUGAGAGACGAUGGCGGCGAAGACGCAAACCUCGUGGCCAAGAGAUCGAUCAUCCCAGCACCAGCACUCGCAGGUUAUCGAGCGCCAGACGUUCAAUUGUUGACCCCGGCACUGUGGGAACACGCCUGGCUGCACACGCUCAUGACGAACUUCGCGAGGUUCUAUAUCCUCGUCUUCACGGGCAGAUCACAGGGUGCGAAAGUAGCGUUUGCAAAGAUGAAGCAAGAUGUGCAGGAAAACGCUCACUUGAGGCUUGAGUGGGUUCCGGGAACGGCGGCAACAUCGAACGGUGUUCAUGUCAAUGGUUCGUCGGCAGACUCACAGGCUCGCAAAUGGCCGGUUGACUUCCUGACCAUUCUGCCUGAGAAAGUCGGCAAUGCCUGGUUCGAGCUGGGGACUGAUCCCUUGGGUAAGGUCUAUUACAAUGUCGACGGCGGUGCUGCGUAUCAGAGAUACGGUGUGGAUGUCGACUCAGGGGCCGUCUUCGUGGUGAGGCCGGACGGAUGGAUCGGUGCACGAAUGCCGCUGGAAUCCAGCAGCCUCGUUGAGGACAUCGACGCGUACCUUGGCGGACUGCUCCGUCGAUAG